AUGGCUCUUUCAAUUGUUACAAGUUUUCUGAAAGACGAUGAGAUGACUUUGGGAGUUUCAGAAAAGUCGGGGAUUACGUGUCGUGUGCUAAAGAUUGCAGCUCUGCAUGUAGACGACCAGGAUGGUGAAUACUGGAUUGAUCCAAAUCAGGGCUGUGCAGCAGAUUCCUUCAAGGUGUACUGUAACUUCACUGCGGGCGGAGAGACCUGUAUUUUCCCAGAUAAGAAGUCUGAAGGGGUGAAGAUGUCUUCCUGGAACAAUGAGUAUCCAGGAGCCUGGUUCAGUGAGUUCAAACGGGGAGCCCAGCUUUCCUAUGUGGACUCCGACAGUAACCCAGUUGGUGUCGUCCAGAUGACAUUCCUAAGAUUGCUGAGUGUGUCAGCUCGCCAGAACUUCACCUAUCACUGCCAUCGCUCGGUAGCCUGGCAUCACCUGGCAACCGAUAAUUACGACAAAGCCAUGCGUUUUCUGGGAUCCAAUGAUGAGGAGAUGUCAUUCGAUAACAACCCCUACAUCAAAGCCAUCGUGGAUGGCUGUGCGGUCAGUCUCAGCUGUCACAACCUGCCAUGUGUGAAGAUGUCUUCCUGGAACAAUGAGUAUCCAGGAGCCUGGUUCAGUGAGUUCAAACGGGGAGCCCAGCUGCAUGUUUUGGAUGAUGUCAAAUGUCUUGAGAAUUGUUUGAGCCGUAUUCAUCUUGCUCAGAACGAUUACUGCACUACCGUCAUCAAUCCUCCUUCAUACUUCCGCAUUUAUGUGAGUAAUAUAUGA